GGCGAGCUGGUCGCUCCCUGCUCCCGUGAGAGCUGUUGGACCUGUUGUUCCCCCUCCACUUCCGGGCGGCUGGGGAGGGGGACAGGGCGGUUUCUCUCUCCCGCCUCCCCAGCCACCUGUCUGGUGGCAGAAGCGGCAGCGCCCGGGGCGCCGAGCGGAGCUGGAAGCGUCAGGCCACGCCCCUGGAAUGCUCCGCGCCAGCCUUUGAACUCCGAGCCCCGGCCUCCUGGGUGGGUGGGGCUCCGAGGCCACGCCCCCACGCUGCCGGGCCACGCCCCAAGAUCCCGACCACGCCCACCCGCGGCAACCCGCAGCGAUCAUGGGGACUCCGAGCAGCCCGGAGGAGGGCUAUCCGUCGCCGCGGGUCCCGGGACGCGACCCAGACGUCCAGCCCCAAGGGGCUGUCCAGCCGCAAGGACGCCCCGAGAAGCCCCGCGAGCUGGAGACUCCUGAGGCUCCAGAGGAGCUUCCGAGCGGCCGAGGAGCUGAGCAGGAGCAGGCCGAGGAAGAGGAAGAAGGAGGAGAGGGCAGCAGCACGGAGAGCACUCGCGACGAGCCCGAGGCCACGCCCCCUGCGCAGAUGUCGGGCACGCCCCCCGCUCGGGUCCCUGCUGGGGAAGGGGUGCGGGAGACGGCGCGGCGGCUGCGAGGGCUGCAGCUGGAGGCGCUGACUCGCGUGGCGCUGAUGGAGCAGCGCGUGAAGGAGCUGCAGCGCCAGAAGAAGGAGCUGAAGAUCGAGGUGGAGGUGGAGAUGGCCCUGCGGCAGGCGGAGCUGGCCGGGGAGCGAGUGGUGGCUCGGCGGGAGGAGGAGCAGCUCCGGGAGCUGCUGGGUCGGCGGACAGACGCCGAGAAGGGCCGCGAGCAGCGGGAACAGGAACAGCGAAGACUGUGCCAGGAGCGGAAACGGGUGGAAAGUCUUCACCAGAAACUCAGAGAGGCCCAAGGACAGCUCAGCUCGCAGCCGGAGGACCAGCAGGAACGACUUCUGCAGCAGGUGCAGGAGCUCAGGGAACAACUGGAGGUGGCCCAGCGGGCCUACGAGGACCUGGAAUUCCAGCAGCUGGAGCGGGAGAGCCGGCAGGAGGAGGAGGAUCCGGAGAGCCCUGGGGCCCAGGCACCAGAUCCUAGGGUCCAGGAGCUUCAGGCCAGUGUGGCUCAGCACAAGCACCGGAUCCAGGUCUUGGAGGAGCAGCUCAAAUCCCUGAAGGUGCAGAUGACAGCUGAGACCUGGGGUCUGAGCCGCAAGAAGGAGGAGGCCCGCCAGGUCCUGGCACAGGAACGGACCCGACUGCUUGAGCUUAGUCGCCUUCAGGGAACACUUGGUGGGGAUUUCUCUGAGUCCAAGCAAGCCCGCACCAAGCUGCUGUUCACCCAGAAGACAGACCGCCAGCUGGUAGUGCUGCAGGAUCCCGACGCUCACUCUGCUGCUGCCUCUACUUCUUCCUGCCUCUUUUCCGUCCACAGCUCCCUGCAGGUGCCUGACCGCUGCCUCCAUGUUCCCAUGUACGGGGGCUCCAUUGGGCUUCAGAGGACCGGAAGUCUGUCCCGGAAACGGGGAGAGAGGGCGAGCCAGAGGGGACUGGCGCGGCCUUUGUCUCUCCAUUGUACUGGAGCCCUUGAGGCCUCGGCUCUGGCGUCAGCAGUGGGGGCCUCUGGAAGACACCCCCUCUAUCAGCUGCUAAACUGUGGCCCUGGCAAUGGCUGCCAGGUCCUGCACCCAGACAUCGCUCACAUGGAGCAGCUCCUGCAGCAGGCUGUGGCGGAGAGGGAGCGGCUGCGCAAGGCCAGGGAGGGGCAGAAAAGGACCGCAGAAGGCUCCUCAGGCCCAGGUGCUCCUGCCAUCACGGCCCCGCCCGCGCCCGCGCCCCCGCCCCCGCCCCGCCCUCCUGGCCCGAGAGUGUUAGAUCUCCGGCAGCAUCUGGAGCGCUGCGGCCACAGCCCCGAAAGCUGCCCACACGUGCGGGUGUCGGGGGGCAGCUGUCGCGGACCCCUGGUGAAGAUGGGCGGCCGCAUCAAGACCUGGAGGAAGCGAUGGUUCUGCUUUGACCGCCAGGCCCGCCGCCUGGCCUACUACGCGGACAACGAACAGACCAAGCUCAAAGGGGUCAUUUACUUCCAGGCCAUUGAGGAGGUCUACUACGAUCACUUGCGCUGUGCCUUCAAGAGCCCCAACCCCCGCCUGACAUUCUGUGUCAAAACCUACGAACGCCUUUUCUACAUGGUGGCCCCGAGCCCCGAAGCCAUGUGCAUUUGGAUGGACGUCAUUGUGACUGCCGCUGAUGAGAACCACGCCCCUUGAAUGGCCCCACCUCGGGGGACUUCCCCCAGGCUCCGCCCCGCACUUGCGCAGCUUGUCUAGGCCCCGCCCACUGCCAGAUAAACCUGCACCCGCCCCCGCUUUAGAACUCUCCCGGGAAUUGUGCAGCCACUGUGGCUCAGCUGGUCUGAGCUACCGCAUAGCGGGCUGCAGGUGCCUUUUCCCCCACUACAGGGUAGUCAGAAGCACUGCCAGGGGCAGGAGGAAGAUUGCGGGAUGGGGGGUUUGGGAAAGAACUAUUUAUUGGUGCUCCUGUGAUACCGAAUUAAACACGGUGGAAAAUCGG